AUGUUACCAAAGUACUGCAUUAUAUUGGCUAUCUUUUUCAAGUACGGAAUUUACGGCCAUGGGAGAUAUAUUUAUGGCACUAUCACUGGUAACCAGACCCUCACGCGUGCAAAAGGUCCAUACCGGGUAACCAGUGACUUAGUUGUCGCAGAGAAUGCCACUCUUGCCAUAGAAUCUGGUACUCAGGUAAAUUUUCUUCCAUCUGUGGGGAUUCGCGUUCAUGGAUCAUUAAAUGCAAAAGGGACACCUUCACACAGGAUUACUUUCCGAGCGGUUCCUUGCAAAAACGCACCUUCUUGCAAGAACUCAGCCAUACCUUACAAUAAAGGAAUACGGCUUGUUGGUGGAACCUCCUACGACAACGGCCGUCUGGAGCUAGAAUGGAUGGGAAGGUGGGUCACUGUCUGUGGCCAGUAUCUUUGGGACAUGAGAGAUACACGAGUGGCUUGCAGAGAGCUUGGCUUCCUCGGAGCAAAGCGGUAUUACUUCCACCCUGGCAGUGGCCGUGCAUACAUGAAGUCCGUUCGAUGUACUGGAUAUGAAGAGAGCCUUUGGCGUUGUCGCUAUUCCUGGACUUAUUAUAAUCCUUGUGGUGAGUUAUCUCUUGUUUAUGUAAUACUAUGCAGUUUGAAGGGCUGGAAAUACGUUAUGGACGGCUCAGGCUAAACUAAGGAUUAUUUUAUGAUCUAAAAUGAAAAUCUAGGCAGCGAAACGAUUAAUGGAAUGGAUUUUAGCGGGAUAUUUGGAUUUGUGAUAAAUCACUCAAUAAUACUUCUGUUUUUCGACACCGGAAGUGUUUAUUGACCAGAUGCCAAUUUUGCCCCCAACAAGACAAGUGUAACUGACCAUGGGAACACCCGUCUGGUGAAAGGGACGGGUAUGUGGAUUUAUUUGGAAAAUAAUAGCCUAAAAGCCCAUUUAAGUCACCCGCCAAGCCAUGAUUUGGAGGUGUGCAAGGCUAUUCGCAUCUGAUAAGUAACAGAGAUAUUCCAGUAAUAGGGGGCUAAAAUUAACCAAGCAACGUGUCUCUACUGUUGAAAGGUAGCAAAGGGUUUAAACGCGACGCGUGAUAAAGAUCAAAAUUGCUACCUGACUCGUCAAUUUUACAGAAAGGCGAGCGUGACUCGUGGAGUUAUGAACACACGUGAGGCGUGAUUUGCCUCUUGAAAUGAUAGGUAAUACAUGAAAUCUUUCUUUCAUUUCGUGAAAACAUCAGAAUUUCCCUGAAAUCACGCGUACAAGAAGGGAGGUUUGAAGUCUUCUCUCAGUUUUUAAUUCGUGAUGAGUGAAUUUUUUCAAAAUUCCAAGGUGAAACUGGAUCACGACCUCCCCACGACCUCCUCCCCCCUCUUUACUACCUUCUUUGUUUAAUCAUUAAGGAUUGAAGUUUGAAUAAUUAGUGUGGCACAAUAAUCGCUAAUUACGCACGGAUGUUUAAACGUUAAAAAAGUACCUUCAAUCCUAAGAAUUUUAGAAGCAGAAGUAAUAUCCUUUGCUCAUGAAAAUGCACAAAAGCUAUUUUUAAGAGCGCUUUACUGAAAAAUCUUACUACCUUCCAAAUAUUUACACAAGGCAAAUGUUACUUUAACUUUCCCUCUGACAAAAUCCGUUUUGUGUUUGAAAAUUGGUCAUCAGGAACCUCAACCAUUUCAGUUUAAACUUAACAGUCGAAGCCGCGUUCAAAAAUUGGGCGUUUUGAGUGACCGAGUCAUUAUCUUCAGUCCAUACACCUCCCAAACUAAAAAAUUACAAUUGUGGAAACCCCUCGAACUGUUAAAUUUAUUCACAAUUGCUGACAAUUGCCGGUGGAGCACUUUUAGGAGUUUGUUGAAAUCAUCUACAUUAGAGAAAGACUUCCGCACAACCACAUACCGUUCUGAAACAAAGCCGUAUUCCCAAAGGCAACCUUUAUCCAAGAAAUGUAUGUAUAGUAAAGUAGGGGCUGUGUGGAAAUCUUGGCCGGUAAUUUUGUGUAAAUACACGUACUAUCUCCGACCUUACGCUAGAGAACAUCAUUUCAAUCUUCUGAACAAUUUGACCUUCAGAUUAAGCGUCAGUUUGUUCCUUGCUCGAGAAUUUGUGUGUGUGAUCAUCCGGGCGAGGGUAGUUCUGAGAAGGAAUGAUGUCGAUUUAAUGACGUUUCGACAACGUGAGCGGAAGUCAUCAUCAGGGUCAAGUGGAGAGUUGUUGUCAGUGAAGUGUUCUAAGUCCGGUUCGCGUAGACAGAUUGGUUAGUUUAGCCGUGAUUUAAUUGGCUGUGAGACUCGAGUGGCCUAAGUCAGUCGUGAUUGGUCAGUUUUGAUACGUCGGUAACACAGGCGGCCCAAGCUCGCGUCUCGAGAAAAAGCCAACGAUGAAUUCAUGAACGUGUCACGCGUUGUGUGACUCGGUGUUAAGUUACGGGAGGAACCGUUGAAAAUUUGAACACGUUAUAAGGAAUAGUAUGAGGAACUAAAUAUGGUCGAUUUACAACGAUAAAUAUUUCGAAAUAUGAAUAUUUUACACGUAAAAUCAAUAAACUUGCUCAUGCCCUGUGUAUCGGUCGUAGUUUCUGGCGAUUUCUGCCGUUUUAAGCUUGCUUUACCAUCACUGUUAUCCAUGUCAAAAGACGAAGUCAAGGCUGCGCACUCCGAUUUCGACCGUAGUCCACGCCGAGGUGGUUUGUGCCCCGAAAAUACUCCCGAUUGGCAUUUUUUCUCAGCCACACUUUACGAUCUAAGAUCACUGCACCCUGGGACAUGUCUCAAUACCAAAACUUCGCGCGCAUUUCGCUGGAAACGAGCGUUUUCUAUCUGAAUUUCCAAGUUCGCUUCUUUCUGGCUAUGCUUUGAACACGCAGAUUCGACACGGCCGCGAAAGAGAAUUGGGUACGAGGUCAAUUUUCUCUCUACCGCGAGUGGUACGGUCGAUUAAUGUACAAUACUUACCCCAUCCCCACAGAGACACCUCGCCUUAACCACCAAACUACUCUACUGAAUAUUACAAAGAACGAGUUUUCACAGGAAGGAAAAUUAUGAACACUAACACAAUGAAAUUCAUUUGACAAUCUGCGUGCUCACAAUAGGCUGAGCUAAUCGAAAUUUUAUUGUCCCUUACAAUGGAUUUCCGGUGACUAAAUAGACAUUCACUCCCACUUAAAUUUGGGGGGUAGAUCAUGGAUAAUUCGGUCGAAUCUUGAGGGUUUUUCCAUUUUCCAUAAGUUUAGUGACAUCAACUGGCAAAACAUUGUAAUUUGAUAGGCCAUGCAUGGAAGGGUAGAUGCAAUCGACGUUAGGACACUAUGUGGACAAUGGUAUUUACAUUGCGGUAUGUAAGACUUCACACACAACGUUCGCUUUAAUUACAGUCAAUUUCGGGUGGCGAAAUAUUUCACCUCUCCAUGAAUUUCACAAGAAAUCUACGCGUAUCGUAUCGGAUUCCGACGUCAAACUUGCGAAAAGCUAUGAUACCUAAAUAUUUACCCUAGGUUCGCAUUAGGAAAUUUGUUCUCUAUUAAUAUAAGCUUUUCUCCAGCCGUGAUUUUAAAAGGAAUAAUCCAUCCCUAAAGUUCCCAAAAUGAAAUCUUAGGAUUUUCAUCUUGAAACUUUGCCACUCUUAACUCUCUUCUGAUUCGCUUCGCCGUCAAUUUCACCGCAUCUUUUCCUCUUCGAUAGCAUUUUAGCGAAAAAAAAUCGAAUCUGAGAUGGUCACAUUGUUGUAGGUUAGGCAUUGCGCAUAAUCCUAAGACCUAAAUAUAAUUAGACAGUGCCAAGGUUUUGCAGGCUAAACUGGUCGUUUACAAGCGCCAGCAUGUGUGACAGCGGCAUAUUGCUCCUGGGAUUGGUGGAAGCAUCUAGCUAACAGAUAAAACGAUAGGAUAACAUAGCACCAAAUCGUUGCCCGAUCCUGUGCAAAUCUGUAGGUGUAAACAAGUUCUUGUCACCAGCUGGUACAUUGCCUUAGAGGUCUGUGUUCAGGGAAUACUAGCUGUAUUAAAGGCGGUUAAAAAACUUCUGCCAGUGGUCUCUAGUUUCCAGGAACCACAAAAUUGUCUAGAUUCUUGGUCCGCUUGUAUAACUUGUACUUCCUGAAUGAUAGGGUAUAAUUAAGAUAUGUGACACUUUUUCCACAAAUAUUAUGGCGAGGUGACACAACCUGGAGAAUGGGUCCCUUUCAUUAUGUGAAAAGGAAGUUUAAUGUUAGGUAGAAUUUCUUCCAUUACUAGCGGUCAUUUAACCCUGGCUUUGCUCUGGGUAGCCUGACCUCAUCGAUUGGGAAGUCAAUUUGAUAAAAUGGUUUAAGGAUUUCGAAUCAGAAGUUAAUAAACCGUUAUGUCAAUGUAACUUUUAGAAUGAAGAAGUUGAAACAUUGCAUUUUUAGAUUGAUACGAUUAAUUCGAAAUACAACCAGGGAUUGUGAUUGUAAUGUUAACUACUCAUAGCUGUACCCGAUGUCACAAGGCUGUCCAUUCUCUAUGGUCUUUUACGAGACAUUGAAAGUCAUCGUGCUGCUCUCUUUUUGUUAAGACUUUUACUGUUGUUGAUUUUACGGAAGUUACAAGUCAGAGAAAAGGUGUAAGGUUCUUAAGCUCGGAAUUUGGGUUGAGUGCUUAAAACCGUCAUAGUUCGUCUUGCAUGUAAUAACAACAAAAUCUGCGCUAGGAAACAAUGUCAAUCAGUUAUUGAAAGUUGGCUGAGUCAUAUUUUUUUUCCGUUCCAUCAAAAACUAAACCAAUGAGCCAGAUCCUAAGUACGACAUCGGAAUCGAGUGUGACACUCACUUGCCUAUCUUGGCUCAGAAGGUCCUCUGGAGAGGUAUUUACUUUGCACCAGGAAACUCCUAUGAGGGGCACGGAAACUCGUCUUUGGAGAACGUGGACAUAGAAAAUGCUUUCGACGGAAUAAAAGCGAAGAAAGCGGCCCCUGCCUUGCUUGGCAUUUCUUUAAAGAAUUGCGCCUAUGGAGUGCAGGUACAAGAACUUGCCAAACCUAUGGAAAUUAUCGACUCCACAAUCCUGAGUUCAAGAAUGAUGGGUGUAAACAUCGAGAACUCAUUUGGCAAAGUUAUUAUGCACAAUGCCACCAUAGUAAAUACAAGGUCUGGAGAUGGAUUCGUUUACACACGCACAGCAGUGGAUCUAUGUUCCGUCUUUCCGCGGAAGAUUUAUUUCCCAUUGCUUGUGAAUGCAGUUGCAAAAGUCUCGAUGACUAGAUGCAGCCAGGUAAGAACUGAAACGUGGGAUUCAUAUGAAUUUAGCGAUUUAUACAUACAGUUAGCGAUUUUUCUAUUCGUUUGGUAUAUUGUGUUAAUUAGCAUGUUCGAUCACAGUUGUCUCUCAUCUCCUUCCCGCGACAUGUACUUUACAUCUGCCUUUCCCCUUGUGAAACUUGAUACAGUUUGUAUAACAAUCUGUACAGGUUUAAGAGUAAAUCUAACUUGUUACUUGGGUUACAAUCUGAUACUGGCAUCUGAUCUUUGAUGUGAUGAUCUAAUCUGAAUGGCAUAAAGUUUUCAAUUAGUUAAACGGGUUACGAUGUAAUGAUUAUAUUAUGUUAUUCAUUUGGAAAACCAAUAUGAGUUUUGGAAACAAAAAUUUGCAAAAUUUGCCACAUGAGACUCUUUGUCAUUCAUUUUCCUGCAAUUUGAUUGGUUACCUUAAACAAGCCUUGAAAUCUGAUUGGUUGUUUUGUUUUUAGUGUGGCUCCUCAUUGGCUGGGGAAAAGAUACGAUUUAAAGCAAAAAAUGGUGCGAUUCGUGAAUAAAUCGUACCAAUUAGAGUCAAUCAGAUUACAGGGAUCACCAGUGAUUUCAAAAUGGGUGUAAUAAAUGAACUGAAACAAACAUGCAAAAGGCUAAAGAAUACGAACCAAAAUCGAAAUCGGCCCGCAGAGUGAAUUCCGAAUCCUCUUCUCACCCUGAGAGUCAAAAAAUCUCUUACGAUCUGACAAAGAAAUUUUGAUUGCUUUUAAACAUAAACUUCAUCAAACUUCAGAUUCUCAAAGCGUCACCUGGAAGAAGACUCACUGUGCAUUUUACGCUGAUCAAAGGAAAUGAAUUUGAACUUGAUAUUGUAGAUGGAAAUGCAAAAAACAAAACGUUAGUCAGCAGAAUUACAGAUACCCACAAUGGAAAGACAAUAACAAUUAGUGCUAGUUCUGUUUCGGAAAUUAUAUUUUUUUCCAAAUAUGGCCUUUGGUCGGGAGGACGCUUGAAGAUGAUCGUCGUAGAGGAUCCAGGUAACACUUUUUUUUUAUCGAUAAAAUCGCACUUUUGGUCAACUGGCUUAGUAUUAGGGUAAUAAAGUAUUAUCAACUGAGUUGAUGGCGUAAAUUAGCAACCGCAAAGAGUUUCAAAGCUGCCGUUUCGAGCGUUAGCCCUUCGCUCUGACGAAGGGCUAACGCUUGAAACGUCAGUUUUUAAAUUUUUUACGAUGACUAAUUCACGUUAUCAACUCAGUUGAUAAUAUUGUAUUACUCUGUUAUACUCUCCCGCCAAUUAGUCAAUUAGCCUGAUGAACAGUGACUCAUUAGGUCGGUUUUUAUCAGUAAUUUAGUGGGCUAAUAGGACUUUGACCUCGAUACACUUAAAGAGUUUUGAAACCACUAUAUUGUAAUUUUCCAAAAAAACCCAAUUUUUCCCAAGUUUGAUUUGAAAAGUUUUGGUGAAUCAAUUGACUGGAUUUUCAACUUGAAAUUUCCGUGAUGAUUGCUGUUUGCUGGAUUGUGUUUAUAACACGUAUUUUACAUCAUUGUUUCUGUAAUUUGUUAAACAACUCCCGAAAUCCAAAGUUGCCAAUUUGAGGUCACCAAUUAUUUAAAUUUUGUGACAAGUGAUGUCGGAAUUUUUGGAAGUCUUGGAAUGAUUAAAAAAUUUGGAAAGGGGGCAAACGUUCCCCUUCUGCCACCUCCUCAACAGGAGAAAAAAAGGGGGGAAGGGGGGCAGUCUAAUAAGGCGUUAAAAUUAAGUGAAUUCUAUUUUUCUUAUGUUUACAGUUCAGGAGCCAUCAAUUUUGAUCUCAAAUUGUAAAUUUUCCAACAAUUCUGAAUCUGGGAUUGAACUUAACGAUGCUAUUGGCCCUUCUAAGAUUUCUAAUACGGCGGUUUACGGAAACAGUGUCGGUUUACUAGUGAAAAACUCACGAGGUAGACUCCAUGUUGUGUCAUCGGUGUUUGAAACUAAUGGAAACAACGGUGUGGAAAUAAAUACCAUCAAAGGACCUGUGGAAUUUGAAUCUGUCAAUUCAUCGAAAAACAAAGCAUCAGGAAUCGAAAUUAAUACAGGAACAUUUUCAUUCCAAAUGACCGAGAGUCGCAUAGAAGAUAAUUUAGACCGGGGAUUGUUGAUUAGACACCAGCUGAACUCCACUAUCAAUGUUUCCAACACACAUUUCAGUCGAAACAAAGCAGGUCACGGAAUUAAUAUGAGGGAAUUCAGUGAAGAUUGCAAGAUACAACUUUCGAAUGUAUGGUCGCUUGAAAAUGGAUGGCAUGGGGCUUGGUUUGAGAACGUAACUGCCAGUAGCUUUCAAGUGACCUCUUCUUUGUUUGACCGAAAUUCACGUAGCGGAAUGUAUCUUGAAAAAUUAACCGCCGAAAGGCUAAAUUUGAAGAACGUUUCUACCUCUAAGAACUACAACUAUGGUUUAAUUAUCGAGCAAGGGGUUACAAGUGCAAUCAUAGACUCUUGGUAUUCUACUGGUAACCAAUAUGAUGGCCUAAACAUUAAAAGACAAGAGGGGAAAAUAUUAGUGAAGCACUGUGUUGUUCAUUCGAACAAAAAAAAUGGUCUUUUGUUCGUUGAUGGCGCUUCUUCUAGAUUGCAAUCAGUUCACCUUAAAAACUGUCACGUUUCGGAGAACAAUGAAUACGGUUUCUGGUUUUAUAUUAACACAGCAUUCUCUAAUUACCAAGUUAACUAUGCUAUAACUGUAUCAAACUCCACAAUUUCGAAUAAUACUCUGGGUGGUUGCAAGUUAAGUCCAAUGUCUUGCUACUGGAAAGUAUAUUCGCUUCACAGACGCAUUGAACUUUUAUUUGUCGGCAAUGUAGUGAGAGAAAAUCAGAAAUUCGGUUUACUCGUAGAUGGUCCAGAAUGGUACGAGGCAAAAGCAGUGUUGGCAAAUAAUAUAUUUGAAGAAAACAUUGGGUUUGCCAUAAAGAUUGCGUACAAGAAUUUUUCCUAUUCGGUAUGCAAGGUCUUUAACACCUUUCCGGUGCAAAUACAAAUUCUGGCAAACAUCUUUACAAAGAACAAGGGAAAGUAUACUUGUCUUGUAGAUUAUAAUACUCUUCCGACAAAACGGCAAGCUAUCAUCAACAACAACUGGUUUUUAGAGAAUCAAGGAAUCAAAUCGUUUUCCAGCAGUUACAUUCGUACUAAAACGCAAGCUGUUAUAGCUAUAACAGAAGGAAAUAUAACUGUCGAGCAUAAUUCAUUUGAAAAUCCUUUGUUUCCCCAUGAUUUUGCCAUCUUUUUUAAAGAUCAGGAUCGUGUAAUUCUAGCCAGAAAAAACUGGUGGGGCACAAAAGAUGAAUGCAAAGUGAAAGAAAGAAUUUUUGACUUCGAGGAUCGAGUGGAGCUUCCAAGGAUUCAAUACUACCCCUUCCUGUUAUCUCGCAAUUCCACCAGUGCUUACGUGCAUAGUGGCUUCAGACCAUCUUGUUUCGUUCGCGGCAAUAAGAUUGCUGGAAUAUUAGAUGAAGCAGUCACUAUAAAAAACGAUUUUUCCCCCUACCAAGUUAUCGGAGAUGUCAUUAUACAGCCGAAAGGCGUGCUUACCAUUGAAUACGGAGUAACCAUUAAAUUUCCUUUGAAAGGACUUUUCCUCGUUCAUGGUCAGAUAAUUAUAAGGGGUAGCAGCAAAGAGAGGGUUAAAUUUAUCCCAAAGACUCCUUCCGCUGACAAAUUGAGACUUGUUGAAGGGCCUAGUCCAUGGGAAGGAAAAGUCGAAAUAUGGUUUAAUAGCACAUGGCUACCAGUUUGUAUGCGUAGCUAUCAAUAUGAGUACAAAAUAGUGUGUAGGCAAUUGGGAUUCGAAUGGGUGAAAUCUUACCAUAAUGACUCAAAUGGAAAAGAUAACAUGUUCCUUCAUAAUGUCCGAUGUGAUGCAGAUCAAGGUGACAACAUCACAAAUUGUAAUAGAAACAACUGGACUUCGUCAUCAUCAUGCCCGGCAAAUGUUCUGUAUGUCAGCUGCAAAACUCCUUACUGGGCUGGUAUACAUUUCACAGUAACAUCCAAGAAAAGCUUCCUCAGCAAUGUGGACAUACAGUAUGCGGGUUUUGCCUACAGAGAGGACCUUGGAAUUCCUGGUAUUGCUUGUAGAAUCGAUCUUAGUCGUCACAACAUCAGUGGGGUAUCUGUGAGAAAUUCUGCCGGAAUUGGUUUUCAAAUGAUGUAUUCAGAUCCAUUUAAGACUUCACACGAUAUCAUGAACUCGACAGUAUCGGAGACUGAACUGGAUGGAAUUCGUUUGGAAACUCCAUUUGUGAACCUCUUGAGAGUUAAUGUCAUAUACACAAAGGGAUACGGAUUCUUAUAUCACUUCAACUGGAAUUCCCUCAAUAAACACGUUCUCACAAUAGCUGAUGAGACUGUAAAGAAACGUAUUCAAACUUGCUCUGAAAAUGAGACUUUUAUUAAUGACUCCAGCUUAGUUUAUUACCUGGCUGUGACAGCAAGGAGCAGUGAAGCUUGCCAGAGGAUUAUAACAGUUUCAAAGAAUUACACGAUUGGUUUGCAGUUAAUACAUCAUGACGUAAAUUCAAGUGCACCCUUCCACAUUUAUAGCACACGAAAUAAGAACUCGAGUAAACUCUGGGAUAUACAGUCGGUACAGUGGUCAAACCGUCCUAUUUGGAUGACACACAAUAGUUCAAUCCUUCUGGAAAAUUCCUUCCAUCAAAACGAUUACCACAGCUCCAUUCAUCUUCUUCUGUUUCUCAUCAAAGGUGGGUUCAAGUUUUGCAUUUAACAUUUGCUCACUUUUAUUUUGCAUUUUAUAUAUAUUAUCUAGCUUGUUUGUUUUAUACCCAAUCCAAACCGACUGCCUAGGAUACCUGGAUGUAAUGACGGAUCAAAGUUUAAUCGACUAAUGCAAUUUGCAUUUUGAAUGGCUAAAAACUUGAAGGAUAAACUGUGUGAAGUUUAAAGCACAUUUCUACAGAUCUCGUUUGUUUCGUUUCAAGGAUACAUCUCUCUGCACUCGGAGAGUUAAAGAAAAAGCCACUUCCCUCAAUCUGUAUUAAGGAUUCAUGGUAAAUCUAAAUCUCGAUUGAUGAAGAGAGAAAACGUACGUUUUAGAGUAGCUGUUUUAGUUUAGAGGCAGGCAAAAAUUGCACAUGAGAAGAAAAGAUAAAGCACGCCGCCAUAUGGCCCUUCAGAGAUAAAAAGUGAAAAUGAAAAUUUGGCAUGAAACUUGAUAUUGCCUUGGUUGUGACAAGAAGUGAAAGAAAUCGAACUAGAGAGCCAGUCAUCCUGAUAAUAAACAUAAUUUUCUCUAGGUAGAUGGACUACUCUUGAUAUUUCUUAGUAUCAAUGUUAUGUGAUUUUUUUCCCUUCUUUCUGUAAGUUACAGACGGUGAAGGUACGACAAUGAAAUCAGCAAACCUCAUCAUCAGUGAGAGUAGUUUCAGCCAUAGCGCUCCUGGUGGAAUUUAUUUUAGAGGCGAAGACUCAGGAAACAUUCAAGUCGAAAAUUCAGCAGUUCGAUAUUCACCAGGAAACGGCCUGGAAACGGCGUUCUCGCGUUUUAACAGUUUAACUGUAUUUAAUUGUGAAUUCAUGACACAUCAGAUUGGAAUCAAAAUCGUUGGUCUUCAAAAAGGGUGGGGUCCUCCAAAGUCAGGGUUCCCGGGCAACGUUAAUAUUGAAAAAAGCAAGGUUUCAAAGUCAACAUGGAAUGCUAUACUUGUGGAUUUAGACAUUCUAAAUUCGGUUCAUAUCAAAAACAGUAGUAUCACACAUAACGACGGUUCUGGACUUUAUUUGGGCGGCCACUACACAAAAGCGAAACUUUUUGUAACUGAAACCCGUUUUGCAUGGAACCUGGGUACGUCUGUGUACUCACGAGUUUUUUACUGUGACUAUCCUUGCAUUUCACGAGUUGUAUUCAAGAACUGCUCGUUCCUUAACAACCAAGGUCCUGUAGUAAAUAUCGACAUUCAUCCAUCGGAAUUCGAAAGUAACGUUUUUGUUAAUAACACUAAAGCUCUUGUCAUCGUGAACACACUAGGCGAAGUCAUUGUAAGAAAAAAUCACUUCCUAGUUAAUACUUGUGAGGAGAAGGGCGUGAUAUAUAUUACAGGAAUCUUAAGGGAAAUUAUGAUUGAAGGAAACGUCUUUAGAGAAAACUAUGGACGAUCCGUUUUCAUUGGGGAAUGGUUUACCUCGAAUGCCACUAUAAGAAGGAACGUCUUCAAAUAUAAUCGGUGCCCGAACUCCGGGGUUAUCGAGGUGCGAGGCAUGAAGAGGGACAUCGAGAUUUUUGGCAAUGUUUUUCAGUUUAAUCAGGGACUGUUUAUGGUUCGUCUUCAUUGUGAAUAUAUUUACCCUUCCACGCUAAUUUUCUUUAGAAAUUCACUUUCUAACAACACAGAGGUGUCAUCUCGGUCGCUACCCUGUGAAGUAAGCAUAUCAGGACUUAUGGUUCAUAGAGUUAUUGUCAUAAACUACAACAUCUUCAACAGCAACCGCUUCUCAAAAGAACUUUGUGUGAAUACAUAUGCAGCUUCACACAGAAGUAUGCUGCCAGUGCCGCUAAACUUUUGGGGUCAUGAAGAUGAGGUUAAAAUCAAGCAGAGAAUAUUUGACGCUGAAGACAAUUACGAACUUACCUUAGCCGCUUUUCGUCCCUUCCUUAACAGUGCAGGGAACGUGGUGAAAAAUUCGAGCACCCGCGACACACUGAAUGUACCUGCCGAAAAUUACUUGGGAGGACGUAUCUUAUAUAGUAUUGAACUAAAGAAAAACCAGAGCCCUUUCAUAGUGCUGUCAGAUAUCACUGUUUUGCCAAAUGCUACACUUACAGUUGACCCAGGCGUUGAAUUACAGUUUAAGCCGGGUGUCGGUAUGUUGGUUCUGGGUUCGCUUUUUGUGCGCGGAGCAAAGGAUACACCAGUACUAUUUUCUGGAUGGAAAGAGAACCAAACUGAAAAGUCAUUAUCGGUACGUUUAGUUGGCGGUAAGUUUCCCUGGCAAGGUCGGGCAGAGAUACUUCAUCAGGGAAAUUGGACCUCAGUUUGCUUGAACAAGACAGCAUCAUUUGGAGCGAACAACGCAAAAGUGAUCUGUGAACAUCUAGGUUAUCAAACAUCAUCAUCCAUGAGUUUUUCCCAUGAAAAAUGUACCAGUGUUUGGACAUCAUGCGCAGUUUUAAAUUGUGAUGGCAGUGAAGCAGAUGUCAAAGAAUGUUCUUUAUCUUUUCACAAUCUCACUUGCAACUCUUCUAAUCAUGUCCUAUUGAACUGCAGUGAAGGAAAGCCCUGGGGAAACAUAAGAUUUGUCCGCGAAGUUAACAGCUCGUUCCAUCAUCCUACAUCAUAUUUACAAUACCUUAAGAUUGAGCAUUGCGGUGAAAUACAUGGUCAGCAAGUUGCUGCUAUUGAAAUGAUUCAGUACGUUCCAGAUCUAAGUUUUUUGACUGUUCUCAAUUGUACAGCAGGUGGUAUCAAAGUAUGGUUUCCAGAAAAGGAGGUUCUUAUAACGAACAGUUCUUUCGUGAAUUGCGGAGGCAGUGGAGCUGAAAUAGUUAAUACUAGACAAAACCUUACUAUUGAGAGCGUUAAAUCGGUAAAGAAUAGGUAUGGAUUGCGUUUCACAAUACCAAACGGCGAUUGGAUCCAUGGUCUAUCGUACGGACAAGUUCAUGUGUGUGGUUCGGAAAAACUAGUGAACAUAAAGGAUCGCGAAGUAUUCCUAUACUUUAAAAAAUCAAUUAGGACUUAUUCAUUUACAAGAAUGUCUUGCUCCGUUUUCGUUUAUUCACCAGGAUCUUAUGGUCUUGCUAUUCAGAUGCUGGUAAUGAAAUUUGUACUAUUUGUGUCAAUUUCUAACUCUACAGAUGAAGUAUUAAGGUUUUCCUUGGAAGAUCUAGGUCCGUUGGCAAGACGGGUGAUCCCGUGGAAUUAUAUUCAAGUUGACUUUGAAGGCUGGAGCCAAAGUGAGAUGAUUUUACAAGUGGAACCAGUUGAAAGAAAGGGUACGUUAUCGUUUGAACUAUAAUGUAGAACAAGCUUAGAUGCAUUGUAAAAUUAUCGAUUGUUUCACCGUUCAAAGAUUGCUGGUGAAGUUAGUUGUCGUACGUCUGGUGAUGGCUCUCCAUUUUUUUUUUUGGUGUUUUUUUUUUUUUUCAGCGUCGAUUUGAAGCUUCAUUUAGAAAAACCUGAUUUAGUUUUGUAAUACGAUCUGGUGUUGAUUGUUAUGUAGAAACUCAGAUGGAACUUUUAAUGACUUAUCCAACAUGUUUUCUUUACAGUUUUAAAACAGCAAGGCAACUUUUUAUCUUAUGGUUAAAUGUCUCUUAGAUAUUCCUUGCACAUUUGAAAGAGGUCUAUGUGGAUGGAGAAAUUAUCCCAGGCCACUCUAUAGAGGCGUUGCCCUAACCCAAAAAUGGAACUUGCAUAGCCUCUCGUCGUCUUACGGAUCAUUGGCUGACCACACCUAUUUAUGGAAGGGAGGUAAAUGAUUGAUGACAGUGAUUUUUUUUUGUUGCUAUAAGGUUAUUCACACACUGAUUUAACCAUUUGAGAUAUCCAUUUAACCAAUCCUUAAUGAAAAGGUUGUGGUUAUUAAAAACGGUGAACUUUUUUCUCAUCAUGAAGUCCUUUCUGAUAUAGGUCACAUCAAUUGGAGCAAGUGCAUCGUGAGAUAUUCAAGAAUGCUUUAUUAUUUCUAAGUUUCACCAUUAAAACAAGGUGCUUCCUUAUACGAGUAUCGCAAAUAUCUGUGAUCUCUUAUUACUCUCUUACUAUAAAAUCGGAGAAGAAUAAGAGGUGCGUAAGUUUGUUCUAACUACUAUUUCAGGAACUUACAUGCUGCUGGGACCCUCUCACUUUGGAAUGGGUUAUGGAGCCUUCGCCAGUCCACCAAUUUCCAACGAGAGCAACUACUGUUACUUAGUGUUCUACUACACACUCUGGGAUAAGGGAUGGGGGAACCUAUCCAUCUCGAUUGAAGAAUCGAAUGGAAAUAAGUCGACAAUAUUAUGGUCUGCCAACACCGUGAACUAUUGGAAAAAAGAAGUUAUUACGCUUCCCCAGACGUCAUCUAACUACUCGAUUAUCUUCUUGGGGUUUUUCCGGUACUACGGCUACGUUUCCAUAGAUGACAUGGACUUAAUUCAAUGCGGUCUUUGUAAGUUAUUAUAUAUUAUCUUGUGACCCAUCCGUUUUGCAUGGGGUUUUCAUGUUCUUAGAAGCCAUUCGUUGUCUAUCUAAUACUCAUAUGUUCACGUAACCAAACCGGUAAUAGUGCCAGGAUAAAAUGUGAUUAUGAAAUAAUGCUGAUACAAGAAGUAUUUAGAACGUUUCUCACCUGUCAACUCGUUAGUUGUAGUUCUUCGUUGAGGUCGGAAUGAUGGAAUAAGAGGGAUGGUGAGUUUUGAGCUCGGUAAAGAUAUAGAAAAAGAUGUUUUUCGUCUUGUCACGACCUUCGGCUUCCGCGCUCCGAUGCUCUACCACUAAGCCACAGACUCUACGGUGAGCGGGGUCUAUUACGAGGUUCAUAUGACACGCAUCCUGCAUACUGUUAGGAUUUGCAAUGUCGAUAGCGUCAUGUUUGUAAAUAGAAUAAGAAAUAUGGCAAUUUUUCAGAAUUUUUUCUUUGUCCCACGCUCGUGACAAGACGAAAAACAUCUUUCUCUAAACCCGAAUUUUUUGUUUUGUUUUUUUUUUUUUUAUUCAGCACCUGAAGUCAUGCAUCGAGUGUCUGAGAGUGUUUUCAGUAGCAAUGAUGAACAAGGAAUAAGUUACGUGUCAAACUGGAGUAAAAGCCAUAUUCUCAAAAUAGAGCGUUGUCAGAUUACAAACAAUGGUCUGAGUCCAGUCUUCAACGGGAAGCCAUCUGGAGCCAUUCAUCUUAGUGCUAUAAAUCAGGUGUUUAAAAUAGUCAAUAACUAUUUGGCCGAGAACAAAAAUGGAGCUAUUUUUUCCAGUGUCCUCCAUGAAGAUUCACAUACCGAGCCAAAACUAAUAAGCCAAAUUCAUGCAAACACAUUAGAGUCAAAUAAUGGAGGGACAUUAAUUCUGGAAGGAAAUUCCGAGCCCUUUUUGAACGUUAACGUUACCAAUAACUAUUUCUCUCUCAACUUGGCUCGAGAUUGGAAUGGCAAAGCAAACAGUGUAUGCAAUAUAACAAGGUUAUUGGCGAUUGUUCGCGGAAAUUUCUUCUACAAGAACAUCGGUCACUAUGUUUUCCUGUAUGAUUUCCCUAAAAAAGAUGUUACAGGUCUUCAAUUUGUGAAUAACACGUUGUACAAGAAUAGUGCAUCUGGGCUCCGUGUCAAGUAUGGGGCAACAAUACUUUGCAAUGGUGGAGCAGAAAUCCAUGGAAAUGUUUUACAGAAUCCCGAAAACCGCUAUCAGAUAAGCACAACAAUGCGAGGGAGUUCAUUUAUUGUUAACGCCACAUUCAAUUGGUGGGGAGAGAGCAAGCCAGAUUUGAUCGCCUUCCUCAUUUUGGAUAAUAAGAAAGACUACCGUCUCUCAUUAACAGUGGUGUUUCAGCCAUUUAUUGCGUUGCUGCCUCGUAGAGUUAUUUCUGGUAAAUAUCAUCCAUUGCGUCGAUUAGUAUCAGUCAUUUUAAGUAUUUGUUUAUAUCUUCCAUAUAACCAAAGUCGAACCUCACUCCCCUCCGUGGAGCUUAUUUCCCGAAAAUUUUAAUGAUAGCCGAAGAGAGGGGGGGAGGAGACUUAUUUCAGUGGGGAGCUUAUUCAAAACCAGCCAUAGAUUAAUGUUUCAAAUCAAUCUAGAUCCAUUUAAAUCAAUCAAGAUGAUUCUAAAAGAGUUCCUUAAGUAUUGAUACUCCCGAUUAAGAAUUAUCGCAAAAGUAUAGCUUUGAAACAGCGGACCACUUGGGUAUUAACUUCCGAAACAAUAACAAAGUGCACCAGCUACAGCAGUGAAAAAAACAAGUAAUUUCGGUGGAGGAUCAUUCCCCACAAGAUGGCUGGUAAGCAGCCGAACCCAUCGCCCAGGGAAAACAAGCGUCUCAGAAAAGAAGAGACAACAACCAAAGAUGACAAACAAUGAAAACAUAGAAUCAAGGUUUUGUUAUUAUCCCUUCGUGAACUUAGUUCAAUUCCACAUUUUUAAUCAGGUUGAUAGUAAAAAAUUUGAUGCUUUUCAGAGUCAUGCCCACCUGAGUGGAUUAAAGACGAUGAGAUGUGUUUCCUGUAUAAGGGAGGCUCUUUCACUUUCCAUGAAGCCGAGAAGUAUUGUUGGGUAAGCACAUGUUAGAUACGAGGUAAGAAUUGAUCAGCAUUCUACUCUUCCUCAGUGUCAUCGAGUUACUCUUCUAGCUUAGUCAAGGUUGUAUGUUUUUCGCUAGCUAAGCUUUUUAUUAAGGGGUUGUUGCACUGCUGUUUGGCUGGCUCACGUAAGGACAAUCAAUGAUAAGAUUAUGCUACUUUCAAAUUCUCUAAGGAAGGAAAAAGGGUUCCCUUCUAUUAUUUUACGUUUCCAAUAAUAACCUUCGCUUCUUUCUCUAAUCAUCACUUCUGAAGAACUAUGGAGGAAAUCUCAUAACUAUGUUAUCGGCCAAAGAUAAACGACUCGUCCAAAGUUUGAGGCAAAAGGAAUCCUUGGUUCGUCCUGAUGUUUUGCCUUCUUUGUGGAUUAUGAGCAGGCGUUUCGUGAGAGAGGUGAGGGAGAAACAAGUAAAAUCGCAACAACAACAUUGAAGUGAUCUUUAAUUAAUAAAAACAAGCUCCAUAAAAUAAUAAAUCGAUGAAUGAAUGAGUAGUUGCUCCCCCACUCCUUGGUGAAGAGAGAUGCUCAGACAUCCGUCCGCGGCCAUUAUCAUUAUGUGAUUUAAGAGCGGACAGCUUUUGAAAAAGAAGUUCUCAUGGAAAUCUGUGAGUGUCUAGGAACAGAUAAUCUCCAAAGAUAAAUCGGGGCCGGUAACAAACCGUUGUUCAGGGAAUGAGCCCUGGAAUUUAUUCAGCGGCAAGAAUCGAGCGUAGAUAAGUGUGGAGCCUCCUUUGUAUAUUACCCUUCACAAACUGUUGGUGGCGGAUAAAAACUCCACGAAAACCAUAAUAUGAUCGAAAACAGUUAAGCCUCUACCAUUAUUAUAAGUUUUUCAUUAUCAUUGAUAUUAAAAAUCGAUUAUUAUUGUAAUUAUUUUAACCAAUCUCAGGCUUCAUUUCAAGUUUUAUUUCCUGCGUUUGAAAUUCAAUCGCAUUUUGCACAACAUAGGAAGGAAAAUUCCUCCUUAGAUAUGAUUCAGUAAAUUUCAACUUUUUGGUUGCAGCUUGGAGGCAGUUCUGGUCAGGACAACGGAAUGUGCUCUGUUGUUGAUAGCUAUGGGAAUGUUACAGAGUCCCAUUGUAACCAGCUUAAUCCGUUCGUUUGCGUGAGGAGACCAGGUAGGUGACGUUGGAUCCAUCCUCUAAUUUUUUUUCCACAUCAGUAGGCGUAUCAAACCAUUUCUGCUUUGACGGAUAUCCUGUGAUAACUGUUAAUAGAAGACAGACAUAAACAAAGCAGUUCUUCAAGAUAUAUUAUUUUUCUCAUGCAACUGACUUAGAAUUGGGUUUCUGAACUUCUCUUACAGUGGUUCACUGUCCAAACAGUUGUUUUCAUAAUGGCGACUGCAUAGGUGCCACCUGUUUCUGUUACCCCGGAUGGACCGGAGAAGACUGUUCCAAGUUUCAUUGCCAUGACUUACAUAACUGUUCUGGUAACGGUGAAUGCUUGGGUCCUAAUGUCUGCAGAUGUUACCCAGGUUAUUUGGUGAGCAUUUUUUAUUAGUAAACGAUUGAAAAAGGGCUUGAAUCCUAUUGAAGUCGAUGUUAACGAUUCCCAUAGAACUGCGGAAGUCUCACUGAAAUGGAAUUUAUUUUUUUAAAUAUCGCAUCAACUUAUUUAUUUUUACUAAAUUUGUAUCUACUUAAGAUGAUAUAUGCGCAUUGUGCGGAGGACUUUCUUGUUUUAGUCUUGGGCAAAAUUAUUUUAUGUGCAUAACCCUUUAACACCCAUAAGUGACUAAGAGAGAAUUUCUCCCUACAAAAUCCAUACCAUUUCAAGUAAUGAGAAUAAAGGGAAAUCAAUUAGGGGAUUAUCAGUUGAUCCAGUAACAAAUUCUCAGAACUAAAAUCAUAGGAAUUUUACUGCAGUCAGUAAGGAGAAUUACUAACGAGAUCUUGGGAGUAAAAGGGUUAAUCUUGUCUAAGAUUGUUUAUCACGUAAACAUUGAUUCUUUUGCAGGGUCUUGGAUGCACUUACUCCUUCUGUGGAAAGUACGAAAGCUGUGCUGAUUGCGUGACAGAUCCAUCAUGUGGAUGGUGUGACAGUUCGCGGUCCUGCCUUGGAGGAGUUGCUGAAGGACCUCCGAAGAUAGAAUGUGCCGAUUGGUUCUAUUACCACUGUUAUACGGUGGAAGACGGGGAAUGUUCACGGGAUAUAAUGGUAAUUGGAAAAGAGGGGGAAAGGAGGAAAAUACUUAUAGUAUAUGACUUUUUAAAUGUUUUUUUUAAUAACUAUGUUAUGCGUGUAGAGUGGUAUUUUGCUUGCACCAAUCAGAUCGCUGCAUUAGGGUUAUUUGUCUGGCACCAAUCAGAUUGCUGCAUAAGGGUAUGUAACAGAUUGCCGCAUUAGGGUAUAUAUAUCUUGUACCAAUCAUGUCACAGCAUUUGGAUAUCUUGCACCAAUCACAACGUUUGAGUAUUGUUUUCUUGCAAAUGGAGUCAUGGAAUCGGAGGCUGUGUACAAAGAAUGAUAUUAAGCAAAACUUUUGGGCUUAUUUGAAAAGAGUAAUGGUUUGUGGCCUUCGCAAGAACCUCUUGACUAAUGUCGAUAUUUACCGGGAUAUGAAAGGCUCGCAUUUAACAUUUUGUGUCAUUUCUAAGUGAAAAACGUGUCUUUUCCGCUCCUUUACCCACAACGCACACGCCAAACAACUUACAUUCCAGUACGUACCAUGAAAACAACGUCCAAGAUCCAAUGAGAACAUACCCAAUCAUUGCACAACAUGAACAUCAACCAAUCAAGGAGUCCUAUUUGAAAUAUCAGUUAUCUUUUUCACUUGUUCGAUGUAUCUUCACUUAUUCGAGAUGGCAAUAGACCUUUGGUUAGGGUAUAUUGGAGAUACAACAGAGUCUCAGUUCGCUUUUCGUAGCAAGAGUACGCGGAAUUGUAUUUUUGAAGCGAAUAGUUUUGAUUUUCUCUCUGUUAGGGGAACGGCAGUAAGCGUAGUCCCUUUCGUAACCGUUACUUGGCCUCGUCACGCAACGCGCUCUCUCUCUCAUGGGAAAUAGAUGGCGUUGUGUGACAAGACCAAACAACAGCUGCGAAGGAGACAACAGUAAGCGUGGCACCGAUGCAUUUUAUUUUUGCUUAGAAGUAUUUAGACGAUGGAGACAAUAGACCACAAAAUGCCUAUGCUAGUCUAGGUAAAUUAGGCUUUUUUUUCCUUUCUCUUAAAUUGAAAGUUAUGCUCUUUUUCUGAUACAAAAUGUAAACAUAUGGUACUCAAAGUAUCCCAUCUUAACCCACCAAGCCAAAAAAUAACUCUUGCAUGCUACGUAUGCCUAUGUUUUAGUAUGUCGUUAGAAUAUAUGAGCAAUUGUUUCUGAGUGUGAUAGUGUUUCGUGCUUUUUGGCAAUUCAGUGUUGUUGCUGGGAAACAAACCUUGGAUAAUAAUUUUGAGAGGGACGUCCCUUCAUCACAUACAUUGACCUAAUCUCAAUAUUAAACAAUAAAACGUACUCUCGCCUAAUGUCCUAUUACACCAACACUGAUCUGCCUGAUUUUUUUUUUUCCAAAGUUUGUUAGUUACAUGCCAAAUUGUUCUUUUGACAGACAGUAAAAUGUAAAGGAAAGCAGUGCAACUACGAAGACAGUGGAACAAGUAUUGAGUCAUGUCAGAAGUGCCAAGACCUGGAAAAAUGCCACAAACUCACAGUAAGAUAUAUGCAUAGAUAUUUAAAUUAUAAAAAGGUUGGGGGAAUUGUUCCAUUUAAAACUUUCACCAGCAGUUCAAAAGACGGAAUGUUGGUAGCAAUUCCACUUUACGGUUUCCAGAUUUUCAUUCAUUGUUAUCCUUUUUAAGAGAGACCGAGAAUCAUCCCUCGUCGUUUGAUGACGCGGAAGUUGGUUUUAAAAAGCAGUCUGGUAGACAAAGUAAUAACUGACCGUACAUUUUGAUUUUGUUAAUAGGAAGGAGGCCAAUGUAGGGCUUGGAAUGAGACCCGCUGUCCUGGUGGGAAAGUGAAAGUAGAUUAUACAGAUCCCGAAAGAAGAAACAACGUGGAACUGGCUGAUAAUUUGAAAUUCGUGGAGCCCAAUGAUACUAUCAUUUAUGCAUGUCCAGUGAUUAUGUCGAAACAAGAUGAAUUGUCGCUAAUUUUAGUUGCACCAAAUGUUCUGGACAUCCAAGCAGGCGACAUAGUUUCCAGUCCACAAGCAGGAGGCAUUCUGCACAAGAUUGUGAAAGAAGUCAAUAAUGGUAAGUAUUCAGCUGCUCAUCAAGGGUAAGAUUCAAUUAAGAAUUUUUUCAUGCUUAGCGUGCGUAUAUCGAGUUACGGGUGCACGUGGGAAGUUUGGAGAGCACGAAAAAUGCGUAAGAGUAGCUCGAGACGGAGCAGAGAGCAACUCUUGCUUUUUGAGUUUUCUUCAAACUUGCCAAGUGCAUCCAUAGCUCGAUAUACGCACAGCUAAAAGCAUGAGCAAACUCUUUUAUAACAGAGCGACAACAUGGAUCUGCGCGAAGAAGCCUUUUAUUGUGAUAGAGUGCAAAAUUCUCACAACGCACAAAAAAAAGGAAACAAAAGUCCCUAUUGGCUGGUCAAAAACACGCUACAUCUUAUACUUUGGUUUGAGCGAGAACAACUGAUCCAGUUAACCAAUAACUGUGAAUAAAAAGCUCAAAAUUUACGGGGAAAAUGGAGAAAAGACCCGAAGUCAUCGAGGGUUUUGAUUGUUAAAAUAAUGUUUACGUUGCCGUGCACGGUGCAAUUGGAGAAGACAGACUGCAGGAAACUUGCAGUUUUCUCCUGGGCAACCACCAUACUGUUGUUUUGACGAACAGUUAUGCCUGCAGCAGAAACUCUGAAGCCAGGUAAAAGAAAUGCUCACGUCAAUAAAGAUUUCGUUCAUAGCGGCUCAAUAGGACUUUUAUAGGGCAAGCACGCGCGCUAUGUUAUCAUGUGUGCUUCUGUUUGUUUGCCCAUGCUUGAAGUGAAGCACCCAUUAGCUACAAAUAUUUUCUUUUUAUUAUGUAUAAUAAUUGUGUUUCAAGCAUAGCACUAAAAGAGGGUGGAUAUACAAAGAAAAAAAAAGGGUUUUAUCAAGACAUCUGUCAUAAACUGCGAGGUCCCCACACAGUCGAUCCCUUCCGAGAAAGUCUCCUUGGUAACAGUGAAAUAUGAAUCGAUCCUUCACUGUGAUCGCCUAGGUAAGGCAAGCGCUAGAAAGGACACUCCUCACAGAUCGUGAUUGACGUUUCGACAAAACUUAGCGGGAUUUAUUAUUAAAUUCAGAAUUAGUAAACAUCGGUUUACAUGAACUGUUGAUUAUGCCUGGCUUGGUCUAAGGAACAUUUUAUAUUUAUAUUAGAAUAAGUUUAGAUAAAUAUUUUUGUUAUUGAUCACUCACUGUCUAAAGUCUGAAGCAAAAUUAUUCCAGUUUACAUUUAUCUCACAACAGGGCCUUUCAAAUUGAUGUUGAGUGCUCCAGCUGGAUUGGAAGAAGUCAUCAAGUAUGCGGACUUCAAGAGUGAGAUGUCUUUAGAACAGUUAGACGAUGAGUCAACUUUAGAGGAUGAGCCAGAUAGAGAGGACCUGGAUGAUCUUAUAUCAGGCAACAUCACUUCCAACCAGAGCCAGAUAGUUAUCCUUUCAACUGGUAGGCGAAUGAAGUUAACUAAAAAGUAAUAAAGGAAAGGAAUGUGAAAAGAUUAUUUAAAUUCUAUUCUAUAAUUUUGGAUGGGAGCGUAAUCCUUAGCAGCACCAAAGCCAGCAGAGGAGAAGCUAGGAAAGGGAAUGCUUGAUACAUGGACAUGACAAGUCGUCUGUAUCCCUCUUUUUGCCUAUUUAGUGCUAUCUUUAUUUCUCAAAAGAGCUAUUACUCGGGACUACCAUACAAAAUAUCGAAGUCGUCUAUUUCGAUUUCAAUGUGGACCUCAACUGAUUUCCCACAUGGGCAGUUCUGAUUAGUCAACGCUUUAUUCCAAAUGCGCUCUAGUUAUUAAACUGAAAACCGUCGUCCAUCAUCAUCAUCUACCGAGAUGAACUGAUAUAGACGACGGCAUCUCUGAUUCAACAAACAUUCUCUUGUUAGAUAUACGACUUGUUACAUCCGUGUGUAUACGAGAAGCUCAGAAAAACUACACAGAUUUUUUUUUUUCGGUAGAACAGUGGAACGCUUUAAUGCUAUCUCAAUUGACAUUCAUGCUCCCUACAAAUUCCUUUUAUCUCAGAUAGCUAAACGGCUGAUAACUACCUUCCGGGUAGGCGAACGGCAUGACUUGUCUUGUAAAUGUGUCCGAGGUGUUUUUUUUUACCUUCCAGCUUUCGCCUUCCAACCCCUUAACUAACGGUGGCAGGUAAGCUGCAUCCCUGAAAUAAUUAUUUCACUUUUCAGGAAUUUACAGGUGCCUUGGACACACCUAUGACAUUGGAGGCACCUUCAUCUACUCUUAUUACCUGGUGAUAGAGAAAAGCAAUACCAUUCCAACGACAGGUGAUAUAGUUGUGUCCAACGCUAGUGACGGUUUCAUCGAGAGUAUUAUUGCAGUUCAUAAAACAGACGAUACGGAUUACUUGGAAACCAAACUUCACAGAUGCGACGGGAAAACUCACUUGGAUGGCGCGAGGUAUUCUGUUUGUGAUUGUGGCAGUUUUGAAGGAAAUAAACUGAUAUCUACCAUGCUUAAUUAUAGGAAAACGCUUUACAAGCAUUUACACGAGUAAGGAAUGCAUGCUUUCGAUGUUGAUCACGCAUACAGGAAAUAACUAUGACUCUUUUAAGACGUUGUUACAAAACGAAAGCAGAGCUUUAUGUUGACAUUAAAUUAAUUCUGGCGCGUAAAAACAGACAAAUAGCUCGAAAUUUCGCUAUCAUAAGUAUAACGGUUAUUGAAAUUUUGUCAGGAGUGAGAGCUUUACAAUAAGCAGAGAAGCUAUGGUAUCCGUUUCAUGUUGAAAUUAAGUCAAUACCGAGCCGUAUCAUUCACACUCAUGCCAGGUGACAUUUUCAUUUUCGCUAUUAUUUCUCGUGUUACUCUUUUUAUCUUUCAGACUGCGAGCAAGUAAACAAAGAUUUUCUGGGUCAGUACGUUGUAGCGGAGGAGAUAAUAAUCCAGGACUCGUGUUUACAGAAUCGCAAAAACGAGGCGGGCUUUUCUCCUCUGGUGAUUUGAUAAUUGGGAGAUCAAGUACAGGCUUCAUCGCAAAGGUAGCGUCUCGUAUGAUAUAAUCCCAGACUGCCCGUUUGUAGUGCACCAUUGGUUAUCAGAAUCCAGAGGAAGCAGAACAACUGAUUGGUUAUGGUCUAUCGGGACACGAGACGAGUUCUUUCUUUGGAACGCUAUCAAUAUAGCCUUACUCAAUACAUCAGUAACUUAGUAAUGCUUAGAUAUGGUAGCUACGGUAUUUCAGUGACUAGUUAACCUAGAAGAUCCAAACAGGACAAGAAACAGUUUGAUUAAAAUUUGAAUUAGCUUCAAUAGUCUGCGUACCUUUAGCCUUCUUUUGUGCUUUUAUUCAAGCAAGCAAGUUAUUACUUUCAUCAAAUGCCACCGUUCUUUUUUUUUUCUACUAAUAGCUUUCUUUCACUUCUAAUUCUAGGUUAUAAACACGCAUUCAAGCGGAAAUCUUCUUCUUUUGGAAGUAGUCACAGCAAAACUGGAUGAAAAUGGAACCGUUAUAACGGAAGUGGAUACAAAUUUUCUAAAAAACCACCACAGACGAACUAAGCGCUCAGCAAAAAACGUUAACCUGGCAAAUUUUCAACCGGAAAAGAUAGAUCAUAAGGUAAAACAAGCCUCCACACAUCGGUCGGUUUUAAAAAAUCAAAAUAUUUUAUUAAAAUAAACUAAUGUCUAAAAAAACCGCUGGGUUUCAUCAAAUUGAAAGGCAAAAAAAAAAAAAAAAAAAAACACCACCCUCCAAGAAUGCUGGUAGAAAUAACAUUUCUUGAUAUCUAGAAAAUCGCAAAAUGAACACCCUUCAAAAUUGACCCUUCGAGGUAAAAUAUAGAAUCUUUUAAAAAGAACAGCUCACAAUAUUUAAAAAAAAGAGGUGAAAGCAAAACAGAUUAUGCAAAAAAAUACAUAAGGAAUUUCUAUCUAACCUUUCCUUUCCUCUCAGUUGUACUAUUAAAAUGUUGCACUUUUCAUCAUUUCCAACUUAAUCAUUCAAUUUUUUCCCAUUAAGUUGGAAAAAAAACUCUUUAAAUAUUUUCUGCUUGACGUUAUCAGGGUUUCAUCUGAUUUCCCUUCUGUCUGCUUUUUGUUUUUAAGCUUCUGUCCUUUGGAGGGGCGACACUUAAAAUUUCCUUGUCUAUGAAUCUACGUGUGAGCAUGUUUGUCUCAAUCGAGAAGAAAUUUUUUGGACUGGGAUUGAAGGAUGCAUCUGUUGGUCUAGAUUUGGAGGGAAAUCUGAAAUUUUCUUUGCAGUUUAGUCUAAAUGGGGAGCUGAGGUUAGUAAUACUUUGACUAGGCAGUGAUCGACAAUUUUAAAAGAAUUAUUCUACGAGCGCGUAUUACUUCUGAGUUGGGCAGUGUUGUAAUAUUCACAUGUCCAAUUUGAAUUAUAUAAUAAGCUCAGUUAUGCACGCAUUCUGAUUGGUUCUCACUUAUGAUCUAUUGGAAAACAGACGUAUAGAUGACGUCAUCAUUAAAACUCUUUUUAGUUCUUUAUUAUAUAAAACAAAUAGAUUCCAAGAGGACAUCAACUUGGAAUCGGACAUCGGCAACUUGGAAUCUAUUUGUUAAUUUGAAAGAGAAUUAUUAUAUUGAGAAAUACCACAAAGUGUGCAAAUACCAUUUUUUUGUCUUUAACAACUGAAAGAUGAUGCAGCCGCGACAUAUCCAAAGAUAGCUCAACUGAUCAAAACUUGCAUAUCAACAUCCAGUGAAGCACUUUUAGUAGUCUACGAUCUUCAAACGUUAUCUCAGGUGGCUUGUUCAUUUAUGUACAGAAUAAAAAAAUCAGAGAAAAAACAAACAAAAGCCAAACAGAGAAAAAUGAACGUAGCAGACUAAUAGGUUUGGUAGCAAGGGAACCAAGGAUGAAUAUGGGAAUUUGGAAAGGAAUUUUAUUUAUGAGAUCAGUUGUCAAAAUUAAGGCGUUAUAAAGAUAUCUAAUGGUCUCUUUCUUUGAGAAAUGAGUAAGUCGUUCUAUCUAUUCGAUCAUCAGAUAUUCUGGAGAUCUUCUCGCGUUAAAGGAAAAACAGCUGGGUCGUUCCAUGUACCUACGGUUUGGACUGAUAAAAAUCCCUGUUGGAAUUUUCUUGGCAUUGACGGGGCAGGCGUCUGCCGGAAUUUCCGUAAGUUGACUAUGCGUACACAAAUAUCUCUGUAAGCAAAUGCAUACAAAGAAAUCCCUUUGUAGAGAUCUCAUCUUCCCCUGGAAAGUUUGCAAUUAUUUGUAUCAUACACCCUGGUUAGUUAAAAACAUGGUACUCACAUCAAGAACUUAAAUCUAUUUUUUUCCUUAAAUCAGGGAACAAUUACCCGUUCACUAUCCACCAACGGGGUCAUAUCACUUGGUGGAGAAUGCAGUUGGAGCGAAGGAAGUUGUUCCAGAACUGAUGAUACAGUAAGAGCUGAAGUUUAUACUGUAGCUCGUUUAGACAAACGGUUUUAAGAUUUGGGAUUUCACUACUUUUCGAGCUCUUUUUUAAUCUGGCUUUUACUUUACUUAUUUUUGUCUUCGUUGUAUCGCUUUCCCUUCUUUGAUAUCAUUAUUAUAAUCAAUAUGACAAUCACAUGAUAAUAGUAGUGAUGAUAGUAAUUAAAAACCAUAAUAAUUGUUGUUGUAACUAUUGUUAUCAUCAUCGUUGUUAUCAUUAUUACUUUUAUCAUUUUAUUAUUAUUGUUGUAUAUCUUGUUAUAUUUAUUAUUCUCAUCAUUAUCAUUAUCCAGCGAUGGAUUUUUUCUAUUUCCCUUUUCUUUAAUGGAAGUUUAACUGAGAUUGUCAAGCAGUGAGGCUUGGUUUACCUACAAAUCGAUAGAACACGUACCAUUUACUGUUUGGCUGCUUUUCUGUCUGUCUGCCUUCAUGCUCGCUUGUAUGCACGAGUGACUGACUGACUGACUGACCAACUUAUUGGUUGGAUGGUUGAUUGACCGAUUGGUUAAUGUUACAAAUCAAUCCCGUAGAUUAGUCUAACAUUAGACUGGAAUAGCCCAACACCAGAGUUGGAGAUUGGAGCGAAUGUGGACAUCACUGUGACACCCACGGUCUCCGUAAAAGUGCCAGCAUUACCCAAAAGGCUCUCCAAGCCCUCUAAGUCAAAACUUCUUAAUGUGCUGGCAAAGCUCGGUAAGAAUUUUUCUCUUUGUCAGCGUCGUUAAACAACGCCUUUGUUUAUGAAUUAACACCAACAAAGGCCAUGCACUCCUAUAAAAAACUUAAUAAUAAUUGUUCACUUUAUUCUCUCAGAAAAUCGAGAAAACUUGGAAAGGACAAUUUGGAAUUCUACUUAUUUUUUUUUAGUUAUUAUCUUUAUUUCUUUAAAUAUAAUUUUUCACUUUUUUGUUUUAUCUUUUAUCUAUUUUUUACUUAAUUGUUGAUGAAAAAGAUUAAUAAUCAAAGAUUUCUUAUCGCAGAAAGAAGUUCAAUAGCUUGCGUUUCAUUUUAUCUUUCAGUGAAAGCUGUAGCUGAUUUAAUUCCGGACAUUUCUUUGUCGCUAUUCGUGAGUACGCCUCUAAAAGCAGGAAUUUCUCUGAAUUACCCCUCAAGUAUAUGCCAAGGUCAAACACCAGCGGAGCUAAAUAGCAACUACGGUAUUUCCGACCUGAUAUUUGGCGUUUCUGUUAACUUUAUUGGAAAGAAAUUGGCGCUGUCAUUUAAUACGGGCUUUAGUCUAAUGUCUACGUCUGGAUGCAGGUAAGUUACUACGACUCUUAAAGUUAUUUUGGGUCAAAUGGGAAAAAUAGGAAUUUAGGACAUUCCCCCAGGUGGCUCUUCUUGUCCACUGUUCUCAGCUAGAAUUAGCAUUUAAAGUGUUUGCCUUUGCUGAGGGAUGACAACCGGAGGACAAGAGGGGGACCCCCGGGGUAAGGACGAGAACCAACAAAAUCGACACAAAUGUAACACCAGACGUCUAGGAAUCGAACCCGGGCUAUAGUGGCACCAUCCCUGUUUUUUCUUGAUGAUUUCUCAAGAAACCUCCGCGUCGCAAAGCGAGUGCUCAGUAAUUUCAUAACGAAUAUUAUGGGCACCAUCUUUGAUUUUAAUGGAAGCGGAAGGCUGGGGAGAGAAAUAAAUUUGUACCAAGGGGGCGGAUGACGGUCAAAAAUAAGGAGAGGGGUGGGGCUGAGGAAGGGGAGAUUACCACCACCGUCCACUCUAACUGCAACAGCUGCAUUAACAAGGCGCCUGCACUGCAGGCUACAAUGUAUUCGCAUUAUUAAGUUUUACAUCUAGUUAGGAAACUAGUACCAUCCUUAGUGGAAACCAAUCAGCACUUAAUGAUUUGCCUCAAGGGAAAGGGUACGUUUUGCUUCUCGAAACCCUCAAUUUACCUCAAGGUGCAUGACCUUGUCACGUGCCGAUCAAAAGUUCAAGUUUUUGAUCGAUUUGUUGGAGAAUUGGUUAGUUUCGAAUUCAAGGCACGUGACACCUUCUCUUCCAAUCGGAAAAUGCAUUUCAGUUGUAAGGUCUAACAUUCAGACAAUUAAAAUGAAGCCCGACUACCUCAAUGUCUUUCCGUGUUUAAGGUAUCUGUCUAAUUAGCAGUCAGUGGAAAAGCGAUUUAAUAUCGCUGCACUUAUUAGAGCUAACCAAAGUGGACCAAAGUACCAAAGUAGUUACGGAAAGUCGCAUGGCAGUUUGUAGAGGGUCUCAAUGGGGUUAACCGUUAGCCUUUUAUCUAACAAAGUGUUCAGCGAAGAACAGCUUUAUUUAUUUUUGACUAGAGGAGAGUUUAGUAUUGCAUCGAUAAUUGACAAAGCACUGAGAAAAAUAAUUUGUUUCUCGCUCCAUUCAAUUUUAGGGAAUGUAUCUGCCCGAUCCCAGCCGAUCAGGUAGGAAAGCAAAACAAAGAUAACAGCUCUUUCAUUUUUAAACAUUCUAUUCUACUUUUCUUUCUUUAUUAUUAAUUACUAAUUUUUUUUUAAUUCAUUACAACUUAAACUGCUCAGUUGAUUUCUUUCUAUUUUCUUGUUGUCGGUGGUUUCCUUCCCAACCAUAAGUAGUUGUGGUCAAAAUUGAAAAAAUUACGAAGAAAACUGUUGAUUUUUGCUGAAUUUCUUUUGUCUUAACAGUACUGUGUGGGACCAACUUCAAGCCCACCGAAGGAGGGAGUUUGUAACGCACCAGAACCUCCUCCCCCUAAAAAGAAACAAAAGAAAAAGGAACGAAACAGGUUCGUGUGUCUACUAGCCUUGCAUUAGCUAUUUACGGGCCAGGACAACUGUCAGUAUUUGAAUAAGAAAGUGAUUCAAUAUUGUUGCUGUUGUUGUUGUUGUUGUUGUUGUUACAUUUAUAAUCAAACCACCAGCUAUUUUUUUUUAUUUACUGAAUAGCGUAGGUUUUCCCAACAACUAGCAUGAUUGCUUUGUCGUCAUUGGUGGUUCGUUUGUUCUAUUUCUUUUUCGCAGGGAAAACUUUGAAGUGAAACCACUCGGAUGCGCCUCGUGGUUUCAUUUUAGUUUAGGACGUUGCUGACGUCAUUUCUAUGAUCAAUAAGGUUUUAUAUAAUAAGCUCAGUUAUGCACGCAUUCUGAUUGGUUCUUACUUAUGAUCUAUUGGAGGACAGACGUAUAGAUGACAUCAUCAUUAAAGCUUUUUUGAAUUCUUUAUUAUAUAAAACAAAUAGAUUCCAAGUGACCGUGCGUCUGUUCAGCAAUAGAUCACAGAGGACGUCAAAAUGUGGUAAGAACAUCAGUGACACACUCGGCUGCGCCUCGUGUGCCACUUUUUUGUUCUUACCACAUUUUGACGUCAUCUGUGAUCUAUUACUGAACAGACGCACGGCAACUUGGAAUCUAUUUGUUAAAUAGACGAUGGAAAAUUGUCGUCAAUUUGUUAAAUAGAAGGAUGAUUUUCUUUGGAAAUAGCAAAACACCAGGACCUCCAUGUGGAAAUGGGCCAGUCUGCGUUGGAAGGCGAAUGGGACCAGAAUGCAACCAGCCUGAUAUGUCGCCGUUUCGGGGUGUGUAGAGUUUGAAAUAAUCAAACGCAAUAGGUAGCCUGUUAUUAUUUCCCGUGAAGUUGCAGGAGUACACGUAACAUAUCGUAAUAAGUAUAGUAACUGUACUUUUUCCAUUGUCUAUGUAAAGUAGCACGUUUCUUCAAUUUGGAAAGACAACAUGCUUUAUGCUUCCUUUCUAAUAUUAUAAAAUUACUGCGCUAAAGUUUUUUAAAGUUUAAGUGAAACCGACGUUGACUGCCUUGCUGAAUCAAGUCACAGCCAUUAGUAAACGAGGUAUAACUAUUUUAAUCAGGCACACUUUUCUUUUAAUAUCACAACUGAACAAUAAAACUUUCUAACCCAAGUUGAAGUUUUACUUGAUUUAUGAUUUUGUUUCAUUUAAUUUAUAAAUCUACGAAUUUUGCCAAACAACUCUUUGAUAGUGUUGCAUUUCCUCACUAUACACCAUACUUUUUCAAUUUUACGCGAGUUUUAGACUCUGUGAUCAUUUGCUUGACAGACUGUUCAGGUAACGGAGAACCUAUUUUGACCGGAGGUUGUGGAGCACGAUGUAGCUGUUUCGGGGGAUGGCGGGGGGAAUAUUGUCAAAGAAUAGUUGCAAAUGGCGGAGGUGAUCCACACCUGAAAACAUUAGAUGGUAUGUAGACAUCUUAGAAAAAUACGUAACAAUCACUUUUAACUAAAGCGGGAGUUUAAAGGAAAACAUUAGUUAAGAGAAAUGAAACAGGCACCAUCUGCGCGAGUACUUUUAUUUGUUCCUUUUUUUAUCAACCAAAGGAAGAAACAACUUUCAGUGAUUUGAAAAUAUGGUCUAUGAGCAUAGAUAUUUUGCUGCAUGAUGACUGUAAUUUCACAAUUUUCUUUCAUUCUCAGGUGUAGACUUCGACUUUUUUGGCAUUGGCGAGUUCUGGGGUUGUAAAAGUGUUAAAAACGAUUUUGGUUUUCAAUUUCGUUUUUAUUACUACGAGCGAGCCUCGUUAAUUGGCGGAAUUGCGCUUAAAGCUGGGAGAACCGUUGUAACGAUUAUGGCGAUCAAAACUGAAAACGUUCAAGACCUACCCAUUACCAGGUUUGUUUUAUGCAUUUUGAUCCACUUAAAAACUGUUUUCUUAUAACUGAGGCUAAAAUCAGGAUGACUGGGUAUCUUCAAAAAGCUGUUGACCUACAUGCUCAACGGUACAAUCUGUAUGCUCCUUCUUUACAACAUUCUUGUUUUAAGAUGUCAGAGAAAUUUCAAAUGCUGAGGCAAGCAGUUUGUCUUACUGUGGAGGCUGAAUAAGCGAAAUAUACGUGUCAUUUAUCAGAAUUCUUAGGUCAUUUCUUUAAGUUUUCGAUUGCGUCGGUUGAGAACAACGUAAUGUCUGGUUCGAUGUGGUUCUUCAAGGUACUUAUUUAUUCCAAUACAAUUUACGAUGUUAACUCACUGUUUCUAAUAAGGACAUCCAUUUCUCCUUGGUCGAUUCAGUGUAAUUCAAAUACUUGUUGUGACUGACCUUGAUUUCUCCACAGAAUCGAUGGAGUGAAAAUGAAUGCCACCAGUAAUUUUUCAGAACCAAUUGAAAUAAGCAAUGGUACAGUGUUAUUGGAUCAUCAAAGACGUUUUUCGUUUGAGGCUGAGGAGAACAGCGUCGUUUUGAUUUCACUUCAGUAUGAUGCAGGCAAGUCUUAAAAUGAUAGGUUAUUUUCAUUUCUGCUCAUUCGUGAGAUCAUAAGGUAAGAAUGCUGGCGAGCCUUACUUUUUUCUUUCAUCAAACCAUCCUUUUAGUUCCAUACAGAUGUUUCUUACAUUUUCCCGUGAACGCGCCCAAAUAUAUUAUGUAAGUUAUGCACGCAAUUAUAUAAUUCCUCUGUGUUCGGCCACCUUUUAGAGCGUUUUUGUUUUUGUUUACAUGUUGUUUGUAACCUUGUUUGUUUUCUUUGUUACUUGUGAAGGAAAGAAAACCGCAAAUUAAAACCUAAGAAAAUUCUUGGAGCUAGUGCGGUAACUUAAUCACUUCACAAGGCUUCAACCCAUGAGAUGUACAAACGGAAAAAGAAAACAAAACGACAUAUUAGACGAUGACGAAGUAGCUGUUAGCGAAACGAACUAAGAAUUAACGCACUGGACGUUGGCGAAACGGCGCCUCGGUGAAACGGUCGGUUAUAGCCCAAACAUAUGUGACUCUACAGGCGGAAGUUAGAAGGGAACUUAAGCAAACCACGACGGCAACGGCAACGAGGACAUGGAAAAACAAAAGAACAGGCAGAACAAUAGCUCACCGCGUGGAUUUUAAAACUCUGUACAUUUCUUAGCCGUCUUAUGCAAAACAACUACGUGAAAUCACCACAGUUUGCAUUGUCUGCGAACCGAAACUGCGACGGCAAAUUAUUUUAAUUUGAAUAUGAAACUCAACACUUCUUUUAUACGUUAUGCUGAAGUUGAGGUGUGGUGCCGUAUGAGACGGUAAAGACAUGCAACCAAUUUUGAAAUUCUAACUAAAGGCAGAAAUUCAUUUUUUAAUCAAAGUCUUCCCUAGCGUUGCCGUCCUGACUGCUUAAGAUCCCUAGAGAUGCCCUCGGAGGUCUAACUUAAAUUAUCUACUGUUUACAGGUGUAACAGUAACCAUCGACGUCCGUCAUAGUCGGGUGAUGAAGAGACAGUAUUUGAAUAUUCUUUAUUCGCCAACGGCUGCUUACAAAGGUCACACUGAAGGACUGUGUGGCUUCAUGGACAACAAUGCAACCAACGACUUUACAGGGCCCGACGGAACCCUUUACGAUAACGCUGUUAAAUUUGCCGAAUCAUGUAAGGAAAGCUAAUUACAUAGUUUGAUCUAGAUGUUGCCACAGGAUUUUUAGCCCAACCCUAAGAAAAUUUAAAGGACCCUUGGAUUACAUACAUCUUACUAGCCUCGUUCCGUAAGUCUGUGCAGUAGGUAACAGAAUAGUGGGGAAAAUUAUUAGUAUCUUUAACCUGCAGUACAGACAAAAAAGGCUUUGUUAGUAGGAUACUCGUCAUAUCUCUACUGUGCAUUCGGGGGUUUGAGAGACGUUCCCGGUCAAGUGGGACAACUGCUGGAAACUUACGAGAGCUGAAGGCGAAAUGAGUAAUUUUACCGGCCGUUGGAUCUUUCUAAUAAAAACUAAAAGAAACAAAAGCAUAAAGUCUAAUUUUCCUAUCAAAGUUGAGUAUAGUUUUUGGCAGAGAAAGGGAGAUUUGAGCAAUAGAAUCAGCCGCAGAUUGCAACCACGUAUUUAAGCAAUCAAAGUGUCGCUAGUAACUGAGGGAGUCUGUAGAUGAAGAUGGACUCAAAACCUUUUACGUGAUAAGGAUGAGCCAAAAGGGAUAGAUAGGGACGACGAAUUUUGGCAGAGACAUGUAAAAGUAGUAAAUAAAGGUAUCUGCGCUUUCUGACCUUUCUCAGGUCUCUUCAAUGCGAUAAAUAGGGUAGUCUUGGGUUGACAAAAGAAAGCGAUAACCCCAUGAAAACGUGAUUGAUAAGCAGUGCGUGAAGUGUAGAACCAUGCAAGCCUACAUACUGAUCUGUGCGUUCUUUUUAUUCUAUAGGGAGGAUCACGGGUUGUCACGAUGGCUCGGGCACACGGGACUCUUGGUCAUGGAACUCAUCAAACUUUUAUCACGAUGACAUAAUGGACAUAACGUAUACAGAUCCGUCAUACAUUCCUAAGUAUUCACUGGACGGAAUUUCCCAGCCGCUAAUACAGGUCACGAAUUAAUUGUACAUAUAAAUCAUGUGAUUGGUUUUUAACAGCCAGAUUUGAGUACUUAUAGAAUAGUACUUACACAUUGCUUGCAAUUGGACAGUGUAACUGGGUAGUUUAUGCCUCAAUACUGAGUGAAUGGACAGAACGCGUCAAUGGCUUAUUUUUCACCCGUAUCACGGCAGAUAAAAUUGGACUACAUACGGUUCUUUUGUCAUUGCCAAAAAGGGGAAACUCGAUCGCUGCAAAAAUAAAAAAAUUAACCUAGUUCUUUGACCAGCCCUGUCGGGUGCCAUCGUUGUUGCUAAGCAGGCAUAUUAAAAGAAAAAAAGCAAAAAAACAAAACCACAGAACAAAACUAAAAAAGAAAGAAAGAAAAACCAUCACAUCUGGCUAUGAUUUAAAGGGAAUGAAGUGAGGGUCUCUUUUAGACAUGCGUGUCACCUAAAUUUUAACCAAGCGCUUCAGGGGCUAGUUUGAGAAUUAGAUGAACUUUUUAAUUUCAGAAAGGAUAUGUUAACAAUCCUUUGUGUAAAAAAAUUUUUUGCCUUCAACGUAGAUUGCGACAAGCAUGUGUAAAUCCUUGAAUAUUUCUGACAACGAUCUACAAAGCUGCAUAUUCGAUGUCGCCAUGACCAAUGACACGACAUUUACUGAUCAGGAAACCUUUAAACGAGGUAAGCUUUUGUAACUUCUAUAAUAGCACUUUGUAAGGAGAUGUCGCAAAUUUACAGUAAAAGGGUCGUUUCUCUUAAGAAUAAGAAGGCCAUACGGUUUUUUCAAUUUAUUUGUUACUUCUUAUCAGAAGAAAUUAACAUCAUUCAGAUGAAACUUACAAUGACUAGAAUGUUAAAGGAUAUUGUCGUCGAUAGAAAGUUGCAUUUCAUAAAAUAUUCUGAAAGUGUGAGAGUUUGCAAUAGGUAGGUAACAAGAAAAAUUAUGAAAGGUGGAACCGUUAACUGCUGGCUCGGUUAAAUCUGAUUAUCCAGAGAUGAUGUUGAAUUCAACUGUUUUUCAGUUCUGUGGUGCUCGCAAUAACCCUGUCGAAAAUCCUUCUUUUCAUUUCAGACUGUCCAGACCAAUGCUCAGGCAAAGGGAGAUGUGUUAAUGGAACAUGUAAAUGUAUCGAGGGUUGGACAGGGGAGAGUUGUGAUAAAGGUAUUGAUCGAUUUCCUUAAAGCUUGUAGACAGGGUGAACAGGUGGACCUAUUCCGUUCGAAUUCUCUCUUAAAGAAAUAGUCUUUCCGCAUUGCGUGUGAAAAAAUUCAUUCAACUCGAAGGUUCUCCAUUGCUUUGUUUUCGUUUGUUUUUCGGUGGGUGUGUUUGUUUGUUUUCUUUUUCAUUGGUGAGUUGGUUAAUUAAGUUAAUUUUUUACUUUUUGUUCUUGUUCUUAUUUUUUUGGGGGGGGAGCAGUGAGACUCUUUAUCUGAAUUUAACAUAGAAAAAUUAGGUUAUUUCGUUAAGGUAUCACUGAUGUAUUCACAUAAACAUCGUAACACGUAAACGCUUUUAAAUUCGUGCACAAAUUCAUCGCUAACUUUAUCAUCGUAUUUGUCUCUUUCUCCCAGGCUCCUGUCUUAACUGUUCAACAAUCCAUGGCAAGUGCGUUAAAGGAUUUUGCGUCUGUGACCUGGGCUGGGAAGGACGAAGUUGUGAACUUGAAGGUUGUAAUCAGAAUAAACAAAAACUGUUGCCGUUCACCUGCUUUAAACCGUGUUUAUUUAUUGAGUCCUAAUAAAAAAAAACAGGCAAUUCUGUGUAGCUGCUCACUUCACGUUUCCUAAGACUAUCUAAAUGAAUCAAGCAACCAAUGUCGCAUGUUAUUGAGAUCAAACUUUUAAUGGUUAGUUAUGCUGGUUAGAUUUUCUUGAUUCAGUUUUUCAACCAACAUUGUGUUUAAAAGGACUGAAAGAUGGCCGCUGUCGUUUUCACCUGCUUCUGGAAGUUGAGCGCGGGCUUCAAAUGCCGAAAGUAACGACCGUUGAAAACAAAAGAAAAAGGGGGAAAAACAACAAAAAAAGCAAGCCAAAAAACACAAACUAGUCAAAACAAUCAAACAAACAUACAAAAUGUCGAGUAACUCGUGCUCUUUUUGCAAUACGCUAUUUUUUCAGUAUCGCAGGAUUAGCUCAGAAGUUUUCUCUCACAUGUGGAUUUACUCUGUUCUUGCGUUAUGGGUGACAAGUUAUAUGAAAACGUGUUAUGACUUGUUCACCUCAUGCCUUUAUGUCACCUUAAGAUACUAAUGUAUUGAAAUUAUUGUUAUUUACAGCCACUUGCUUGGGGGUUAAUAACUGUACAAGCCCUAAACACGGCAGUUGUAAAACAACGGACAUUUGCCAGUGUAAUCCUGGCUACAUAGGUCAGUUAUCUGAAGCUUUGUGUGGCUGUUUGUUGUUGUUGUUAUUAUAAAUGCAUACUAGAUUACUUUUAAGAAAAAAUUAUAGAUUAAUGGUAACCAGUGCUAUUGUAUGUUAUCGGUCAGCGGAGAUGAACGAAAGAGAAGGCGGGAAAAAUCGGUGGGGGUCUAGGGAGGAGUGACAAAAAACAAUAUUUCCUUCCCUUUCUUCGGCGCCAUACCCUCGCAUUUCUUUUCUCUCGCUCGCCCCACUUUCGGCCCGCCCCUGCACACUGAAAGCCUGGAUUGGCUUGCCGGGGGCUGGAAAACUGCCACAAAUGAACUGUUCAAAGGAACAGUUGGCGACGAAAUUUAUGUGAAAAAUUCUGGCUGUAUGAGUUGAUAAGUAGAAUGGUAGUUUGCUUUGAUAUUCAAUAAGCAAUUUCGAAUAACGAUGUACUCUAUCAAUUUUUUCAAUCUAGUGUUACUUUCAGUUAUUCUCAACAGUGAUUUUCAUCUAAAAUUAUCACGUCUCAGCCGCCUUGUGCUUAUGAAGAUGCACUCAGCUUAUUAUACUGCUUGCGAUAAUAUUUGUUCUAAAAAUAGGUACAUUCCUUGUAUCCACAGGUUCUAACUGCAGCACUGUUCCUACUUGUUACAAUGUAUCAAAUUGUACCGGCAAUGGAAUCUGUGUGGAUUUCGAUGUGUGCAAAUGUAAUACAGGGUGGACUGGAGGCAACUGCACCCAGUACUCGUGUGAACAAUUGAAUUAUUGCUCAGGUAAGUUAUCUCGGGCAAAAUAUUCUUCAAAUAAAUGAAAAGAUGUAUAUUUUCCUUCUCUCCUUCUUUCACUCCUCCCCUCUUUCUUUCUUUCUUCAUCUUUCGGCUUUCUCCUGUUUUAUUUAUCUCUGGUUUAACUCUAUCACAUUUGUCCAUUUCUCUCCCCCUGCUAUUUUCAAGAGCACGGUAGCUGCGUGGCUUUUGACAAAUGCGCCUGUGAUUAUGGCUGGACCGGGGUAAGCUGCGCCCUUCCUGAUUGUGAAGCUGUCAAUCAAUGUUCCAAAAAAGGAGAGUGUAUUUCCAGCGACAAGUGUCGCUGUCUUCCGGGUUUUAUUGGAGCGGAUUGCGGUCAGUUGGCGGACUGUAGCCAUCUCGCAAACUGCAGUGGCCAAGGCGUUUGCGUUUCUACCGAGAUGUUGAAUGUGUCUUGCAGUUGUUAUCUUGGUUUUACUGGAGAUAACUGCAGUCAGCCCUCUUGCACAACCGUAAAUAAUUGUUCUGCCCAUGGCGCGUGCGUGGAAGCCGAGUUCUGCAAAUGUGACUUGGGAUACAUUGGAACUGAUUGCAGUAACUUUUCUUGUGAGGCUGUCAACUAUUGCUCCGGUAAGUACAUCGUUUUGAAAUUUAAAAUUGUUUCGUCAAUAAUCUGUUCCCGAGUUUUUGUUACCAAAAAAUGACAUAUCAUUUGCCUCUCACGACGAUCCGUGAAAAAUGGUUAGCAAGAGUGUCAAUGUCUUUGGAUGGUCGAAAUUGUUGGGCACUUUCAUCACGAGGUGCUUUUCUCGCAACGACACCGGAGCUCAGAAUGCUAUAUGAUAAUGAUCUUAGGCUUCUCCCCGACAUCUUUCGUUCCCAAGUUAUUUUUAGCUUCUUAAAUAAAUAAAUACGGUAGGACAAGGCUGACAAAUGAUGUUCUUUUUUCUUUGCUGCAGGAAAUGGAAAAUGUGUCGACUUCGACGUCUGCCUCUGCAAUUCCUCCUGGUCGGGUCGAGCAUGCAGCGUUCCUGAUUGCAGUGCCGUAAAAAAUUGUUCUGGUCAAGGAGAUUGUAUCCUACCCAACGUUUGUUCUUGUUAUCCAGCUUUUGAUGGUGCAAACUGCGAUCAGAAGGCAAAACCAAACAUUAAUCCACCAAAAUUUAUCCAAACAUUUUACAACGCGGCCAUUGUGGAAAAUUCUCCUGUAGGAACAGUUAUUUUACAAGUAAAAGCCAAUGAUACAGAUUCAGGAAGAAAUGGUCAGAUAUUUUAUGCAAUAAUUGGUGACGAUAGAGUAGAAAGUAUUCUUACCAUUGGCGGACAAUCUGGAAAGAUUUACAGUGCAAAGACACUGGAUUUUGAGACGACUGAGAUGAAAUCAUUCAACGUGACCAUGGUUGCUGCAGAUAAUGGAUAUCCACAGAAAUCUGGAAUGGCUACUGUUCAGAUAACAAUUGUGGAUGAAAAUGACAAUUGUCCAACCUUCAUCGAGCCACCAGGAGAUCUAAAACUAGAAUUCCUUGCACUCAUUCCCGGAGAAACCGUAACCAAAGUUUCUGCAGUUGACUUGGACAGUGGAGUAAACAGUGACAUAACUUAUAGCCUAUCCAAAAAUGACGCGUUCUCUAUUGAUCCCAGAACUGGUGUGGUUACCGUGGUGUCCAACUUGAUGGAGAAAGUUCAUCAUCUCACUGUUAGUGCCAGUGACAACGGGGACGUUUCAUGCAUAACAGACAUCAGUUUGACAGUUGAAAUCGGCAUCUCUCCGACGACGAAGCCCCGGACUAGAUCUACCACUCCCUUCACAAACAGGAAAUCUGAAACCUCUAGUACAUCUACUUUGCCUGAGACUACGACUUUCACAGGUGAGUUUGUUUCCAUUUGUAAAUGGCAAGAACAUCAUCAAAUCGCUUUUAUUGGCUAAAUAGUUAAAUGAAAACCUCAAACGAAAGAAAAUAAAUGAACAAAAUACUUACAAGGGUGAUGAACGAAUAUAGAGCGAAGAUGAACAAGAUGAACAAACGACAAGAUUCACCCAAUUUAAAACGAAAACCUUUGACAUAUUCAUGUGAAAAUUUUUCAAGAUGCACAAACCACGAUUUGACCUCUCUGACGAACAGAAUUAACUAUUUUACAUUUAUCACUGAAAUUAAAGAUGGGGUCAACUCGCUUGCCGAUUCGAUUCUGUAACUGAAUCAGUACUGGAGAAACCGCAUGGAAAUAUCAUGGAGAGAUUGAAAGGGUUAACGCUCAUUAAAAGUGCAAUUAAGUUACCAAUUGUUAUAACAAAUUCAGAAAGUGUUUUAUUAGUGAAAGUGUUCAUUAAUGAAUAAAAUAAACCGUAGUAUGGAAACCCGCAUGUUGCAUGCUUGACGUAAACAGAUCCGAAUCCUCCAUUAAGCGGACAAGUAAAAAGAGGAAUUAACCGGAAUUCGUUAAUUUCUUUUUCGUUCGAGUUCAAGUUUGAAAAAUAUUUUUUUGUUUUCUUUUUGGACAAAGGAGCGACUACUUCGCACGUACCAACGGAGGCAGGCGCGGUUCCUCAGGAAGGUCCUAAUUAUGUAAUAAUUGGUGGGUCCGCAGGUGGAGGAUUACUGCUUCUUUUGAUUGCAGUAUUGGUGAUCAGAAAAUGUCUUUGCAAAGCCAAGACAUCUUCAGAAAGACACACUACGGGGAGAUUGAAUGCUGGUAUGGAUUUUGAGAUGUCUAGGAGGAAUUGA